CUUGAAGUGAGAGCGGCCAGACAACUUCGAUACCAGUGGUGUGGUAGCCAUAUGGAGUAUGCCACAACCCCCUUGUUCACUUUCGCCUUGAAUCAACGUAAGCACACUCAAUGGAGAGUGAAAUGAGAGUGAGAUGUAGGAGCUUCUAGCAAGCAGUUUUGACCUGCUCUCUACGAUAAAUAAUCCGUGUUGACCUUGCUAGUUUUACCGUGUUAUUUUACUCAAGCUGUAGGGUAUAACAACCUCUAUUUUGUAUUUUGCACAUCACAGAUCCUUUGAUUCUCAAUGUCAGCCAUGUCUUGCGGUAACCCAAAUAUGGCAGUCGCAGCAUCUUUGAGUCUGAUCCCCGAAGCCCAGACUAUCUUGAGCUUCUUCGACCAACUUAAAGCACUAUCCCCGUCAGCAGGGUAUGAAAUAAUUAUGAAUAUUUAUGAAGACAACAGGAAACUUCAAAGUCGACUGGAUGAGAUGAGCAUUAAGGUUGGUAAAAAAGAGGUGGCCAUCGACGAGAUGUUUGAAGUCAAUGAAAAGGGAAAAAGCCAGCACCGCGAGACAAUGGCUCAUGUCCAGAAGCUCGAGAAGGUUAUUCAAGAGAAGGAAAGCCUAGUUGAAAAACAGAUCCAAGAGCUUCGUGACCGAGAUACCCAAGUAAAGAAGCUGACAGCUGAGAUCAAGAAACAGGCGGAACACCUGGCGCGAACAAAGCAGGAAUGUGGCACAUUACAAGGCACAAUCGAGGCUAAAGAUACGAUCAUCACCGACCUCAAAUCAGACAAGACUGAUCUUAAUGAUUGCUUGACAAGGCUAGAGAAGAUCAAUUCGGACAUCAAGGAAGCGAACCAGAACCUCAAAACUUCCCUUGGUGACACCCAAGCCAGACUAUACCGAAUUGAGGGCUUCACUAUUGGUCAUCUUGAUGGGGAGGAAAAUACCCUAAUAGACAGUUUCACAGGACUUUGGGAGCUCGCCAAAACGAAGUUAAAUUCUGCAUUCGCCGUUGACUUGCCACCGGAAAAUCUUCAAAAUAUUUCUGCAUGGUCCAAACUGAGAGAGUCUCAUCUUACUCGUACUCAUCGAAUUCCUUUGCCAUGUUCCAAUUCUCUAGCAGCAAAACAGAUUCGAUUGGCGUUAGUUCUCGCCAUUCUCGCCAGAGAAAUUAACCAGCAUGUGUUUCAGCCUAUAUAUAUCCUGCCUACGGACCCACACAUACGGAAAACUCUAAAAUAUCUCGCUGGAACUGAUUAUGAGAAAGAGUCGUUCUGUCGCUCUCUAUUGCAAUCUAUCAACUCAGAUAUGCAGGAGAAGUCACUUCAGACCAUUAUAAAGAAUGUUGUUAGCAGUGUACUGUGUUACAUUGAGGACAUAAUCCCUGACACACAACGUGCUUCGGUAUGCUCGGAGAUAGAAGCAAUAGUACGGAAGGCUGCCGAAAUCUGGCAGCCAAUCAGACGUUCCAAGCGAAUGUAUGAGCCCGACUUUGACCCUCCCGAGUCCGACGAGGACUGGAUCGCUUUCGACGCCCCUGAUAAAGACCGAUCAGCAUCAGGUACCAAGCACAGUCCUCGAGAUUCCGAUACUCUGACAGUGUUCCCUCGUCUCUCUUCCAUCGAGAAUAACAAUGUGACCGAUUAUUCGGUCGUGAUCCAGCUUGCCAGCUCUUCACCUCUUCUUGCGAAGGCGCGGGCCGAGAUUAAGCGGGAACCAUCCAGUCCCAAUGUCGUUCGGGUGGUGGCCAAGGCUUGGCGAAGCCGGUCUGGCACCUCCAAGGAUUCAAAU